GCUGUAUCCGAGCACUCAUAGGAGAAAGUCAACGCUAUACAUCAGUGAUACAUUUCACUUCAUUUCAAACCCAAGACAUACAGAAUGGAUCUCUCUCGAAAUACAUUUAGGUAAACGGGACCUGAUUUUUUUUUAUCAUCAACAUAUUGUGCUAAAUGCACAUCAUAACGGAAUCUUUCCACACAUGUGUAACGAUAUAGGCUAUAGCGCGUGAGUGCAGCCACAGCAGCGCGCUCGGACGCGCAUUUUACGCACAAUGGAGAGCCUGCUGAAAGAAACGAAUUUCUGGCCCUUCAACGACUCCUGGGCAAAUUCAAGCAAGGGAAACGACAGCAGAGGGUUGAACCAAACCGUAAACCCUCUGAAGCGCAACGAAGAAGUGGCGAAAGUCGAAGUCACCGUCCUGGUGUUGAUUCUGCUGCUGGCGCUCGCCGGCAACCUGUGCGUGCUUGUGGCUAUCCAGACGAGCAAACACAGUCAGUCGCGGAUGUACUAUUUUAUGAAACACUUGAGCAUUGCUGACCUGGUGGUGGCGGUUUUUCAAGUUCUCCCCCAACUUAUCUGGGACAUCACCUUUCGCUUUUAUGGACCAGAUUUUUUGUGCCGCCUGGUUAAGUACCUACAGGUGGUUGGCAUGUUUGCAUCCACUUACAUGCUCGUGCUGAUGUCUAUCGACAGAUGUUUGGCCAUAUGUCAGCCUCUGCGAUCCCUGCGCCGUCGAAAGGACCGUUUUUUCGUGCUGGCCUCUUGGAUUAUAAGCCUGCUCUUCAGUUUGCCACAGGUGUACAUCUUCUCCCUCAGAGAGGUGGGCGACGGGGUUUUUGACUGCUGGGGGGAUUUUGUUCAGCCCUGGGGCGCAAAGGCGUACGUGACAUGGAUUAGUCUCACAAUCUACAUCAUUCCUGUUGCCAUUUUAAGCGUUUGUUAUGGACUUAUAAGUUAUAAAAUAUGGCAAAACUUCAAGCUGAAGACCCGGCGCGACCAGUGCCUGUCCUUGACCCCGCGGCCAGCCAAGGGCACCGCGCUCUCCCGCGUCAGCAGCGUCAAGUUGAUCUCCAAAGCUAAGAUCAGGACGGUGAAAAUGACGUUUGUGAUCGUCCUGGCUUAUAUCAUAUGCUGGACGCCGUUUUUCUUCGUUCAGAUGUGGUCCGCCUGGGAUUCAAUGGCUCCAAGAGAAGCUAUGGGGUUCAUUAUUGCGAUGCUUCUGGCCAGUCUCAACAGCUGCUGUAACCCCUGGAUCUACAUGUUUUUCGCUGGUCAUCUGUUCCGGGAUCUCAUGCAGCGCUGUCUUAUGGCCUCACACUGCGGCUGUAAGAGGCAAUGGAGAUCUAAGAGCCAUUCAGGCACGGGUGCAAUGAGGAGCACCAGCAGCCAGAAGAGUGUGACGCAGUCCUCUACUACAUAAGAGAAAGUUGGAAUACAUGCAGUUCGUAUUACCAUCAUGGACAGAACUAUAAGAUAACAUAAGCUAUAAGGAAUCAUUUCAUAUGAUUUUUACAGGUGUGGUGCAGACCUCAGACACGUUAGCCAUGGAUAAUCUCCAAUCCUCUUCAGCUCAAAAUGUGUAUCUUUACAAAAGUAAUGCUUGACCUGUAGCUGUCUUUGAUAUAGGAGAUAUUUACAUCCAUCUCUUCUCCAAACAGCUUAUUCUCUGUAGGGACGUGGGAGUCAUUUAUAUGUGUAUGCUUAAAGGAAUAGUUCACCCAAAAAGGAAAAUUUGCUGAAAAUGUACUCACCUUCAGGCCAUCCAAGAUGUAGAUGAGAUUGUUUCUUCAUCGGAACAGAUUUGGAGAAAUUUAGCAUUACAUCACUUGCUCACCAAUGGGUGAAUGGGUGCCGUCAGAAUAAGAGUCCAAACAGCUGAUAAAACAUCACAAUAAUCCACAUGACUCCAGUCCACUCAUUAACAGCUUUGAUGAUUUUGAGUUUGUGCAAAUUUUCAUUUUUGGGUGAACUAUUUCUUUUAAAGUAUAAUUUAUUCGCCCUCACAUCAUUCCAAGCUUGCAUGCUGUAAUACUUCAGUCUAAAACAAAAGCAGAAAAUACUAAUUUUCUCACAAUGGCAGAUUUAUUUUUUGGGGGAUGAACUGAAGUCUGUAUGUAUAAAUAAAGAGGUAAUGGAGGUAUGCUGGAUGGAAAAUCGUCACAGAAAUAAGGAUUAUAUGACACUUGUGUGAGAUAUGUUUCUCCUGCCAAAUUUUAAAACUCCAUCAAAUUGUUUGAAAUCUGAUUCAGUUAUAAUUUCAGGCUUUAUGUUUUCAGAUCAAGCAUUCAGGAAAAAAUGUAGAGAAUAUCUGAAUAACCAAAAAGCUCCUGGUCAUUUCAGAAUUUUAACAGGGAGAUCAGAAAAAUACACUGUAAUGAAAUACAGCAUAUGAUUUAUUGAUUAUGUCUUAACUUUUACCAAGUCAGCACCUUUUAUCCUAGUAUCAUAUGAAGUUACGAACCACACUUUAUACAGUAACAAAUAUAAAUUCAGAAUUAGCACUUUUUCAUAAUGUAUGUGAAUGUCUGUGUGUGUCUGUCUGUGUGUGUUUGUGUGUGUGUGUGUGUGUGUGUGUGUGUGUGUGAGAGAGAGAGAGAGAGAGAGAGAGAAGAAAUAACUUCUUUUCUUUUUUUAGGAGGAACAGUUCACCCAAAAGUGAAAAUUGUGUGAUAAUUUACUCACUUUCAUGUUCUUCCAAACCCAUUUGAUUUUCACGCCUUUUGAGGAUCACAUAUCAAUGGGAUUAAAGGUUUUAAAGAAUAACUUGGUGUUAUAUUCUUUUGCAGCCAUGCACAGAGACUACAGGAGUUACAUUAAAUAACAGCUUAAAAGCUACUGAAUGGCUUUAGAAGACUUUUGAGUUUCCUGUAGUGUUGUGCUUGAAUGGACUUUUAUGGUGCUUUCAUGAAACCUGACAACAAUGUGCUUUCUUCAUAGAAGUAAAGCAGCUCAGAGAUUAGUUAGCCGGAACUCAUACUGAUUUGGAUUUGAGGGUGAGUAAAUGAUGAGGACAUUUUCAUUUUUUGGUGACUUUUCAGUGGUUUUGAUG